UCUCUCAUGCUUUCAAUGGCUAAGAUUCAUCCUCAGAGACCUACAUGUUCUCCUAACUACAUGACUUCAAGAAGAGAAACAUUCACCAUAUGGAUGAAAUCACUUGUGCUAAAUGGAAAUGGUUGCACAGUGUUUGAUUCAAACGGUCAAAUCAUUUAUCGUGUAGAUAACUAUGACAGCAGGUGCAGCGAUGAAGUCUAUAUCAUGGAUCUUCGAGGCAAGGUUCUCUGUGCUAUAUUUCAAAAGAAAUUACAGAUUUUUGGGCGUUGGGACGGAUACAAAAGUGACGGUCAGAAAAUGAUGAAGAAUGAGAAGCCAUGGUUUCGAGUCAGAAAGAACAGAAAGCUUCUAAAGGGAGGAAAUUCAGUGUGUGAAGUCACCAUGGGAUGUAACAAAGCUCAAGCAAGUCUCUACACCAUUGAAGGACUGAAUAGUAAAUCUACAUUCAAAAUAAUAGAUAGCAAGCAACGACUUCUCGCAGAGGUAAAGCAAAAGCAAUCUUCUUCAGGAGUCAUGUUGGGGAAUGAUGUGUUGAGCUUGGUGGUGGAGCCUCAUGUUGAUCAUUUACUCAUCAUAGCCCUAGUAGCAGUGUGUGGACUAAUUAAUCAUAAAAUGUAAGCAUAUAUAUAUAUAUAUGGAGGGCUCUACACCCAACGUUUGUCAAAUUUAGAAGAUUUUGGAUAUGAGAAUAGCAAAAUGGUAAAUAUGGGUUCGAUCCAACGUUGCCAGAUUCGUUCUGAAAGAUCCAUGUUCAAUUGUUGCACAUUUUACACACUUCCCUACAUCAUCAGAGGUCAAGCUUCAUAAGUGGAGAGAUUUUAAUCUAAGAGGAUAUACUUCAAUUGUAAAUUCUUCCGUUCUUUGACAAAUAACUGAGAUUUCUCCAUUGCACAAAACCUUAAAUUCACUGACUUUGGAGUUCAUCUAAAUAACAUACUAAGGUUUGUUAGU